UUGUAUCUUUGUAUCACUUAUAUUUUGCGUUACAAAUUAUAAAUGAGGUAACUUCGGUGGCAUUUAAAAAUGGAGUUUGGGUCUCGCGCAUAUUGUUUAAUCGUAGUUUAUUUUGCUUCAAAAGAAACUAAAGAUUGAUGUUACUUUAAUGAAACGAAUAUUCCAACAUAAUAGCUAUGGAAUUUAAAUCAUACAUAAAAAAGUUUUAAAAUCGCAUAAUUUUUUUGUUUAUGUGAGAAAUGAAAUAAAAUAAAAGUGUAAUUUAAAGGGUUAGAUUCUUAGUUAUUUUCUUUUGGAAAUACCUGUUCAUCUGCAUUUUAUUUUUACCUGCAUAUCUUUUAAAUUAUCAGUACAAAAUUGAUCUCUUCCUAUUUUUCUAUUAUUUAUGCCUUAAAUAAGAAUGGGUACAAAAAUAUUAAAUGAUAUUCACAAUGACAUAAAACAGUUAAUAACAGCAAUUACAUCUUUUGAGGAAAAUGAAGAAGGAUUUCGAAUUUGUGAACGAUUUUGUAUGACAAACAUCAAACAUCAUCGGUAUUUAUCUGUUGAUAGUAACAGCACAAAACAAGCUAUUAAAGCUCUAAUUACAAAAUUUUCAAUUCAUGGGAAAUAUGAUGUAGCAAAAAAAUUCGAAGAACUUGUAGAUGCAUUUCUAUUAAGUUUUAAUUUUGAACAGCAUCCACAAUAUGAUUUGCAAUGGUAUCUGCUAACACUGUUAUUCGAAUUAGCUAAAGAAACUUGUAAAUCUGAUUUAGAAUCUUUAAAACUGACACGUGGAGAAUAUACUUUCAAUGUAUCAGGUGAAGAUGAAAAUGAAGUUACAGAGGAAAUUGAUUGGGCUGAAUAUUUAAAAGAAGGCCAAGAAAACUUUUUCAAUGAUUAUAAAAGUGAUUCAGAGAGUGAAUGGUCAAAUGAUAUAGAAGAUGAUGUGGCUCUAAAUUCAAAUUUUGAAGCAUGUACAAAUCAUGUAUCAAAUAAAGCAGUAUGCAUACCUUUUGUUGAAAAAGAAUUAAAUGAUUUAUCUUUAGCUUUAAACGAAGAACUCAAAUCUAAAAAUUGGUUAUUAUCAAAUGUUCAAAAUACUUGGUGGAAUGAGUUAAGAUGGAGAAAGUAUCCAGUUAAGAGCAGAUUUUGUGAUGCUCAUCUUUGUGAAAUUUGGCAUAAAGCAAAUGGAGGGGAUUUUUACACACUUGGAACUCUUAGCGAAUAUCUUGUAUGUAGAGAAUUGUUAUGGAUGUUUCACGCUCCGAUGCAAAUGGUAGUUUUUCAACAAAAUGAAAAAACAGAAUUUUUUAUUCGUUCUGAUAUAUCAAUACCUAGUUUAACUACUGUUGCAUUUAAUAGUAUUCUUUCACCUUUUUGUAAAUAUUUUUCAAUGAUACGUGAUAUAGAACAAUUUGGAAUUAGAUUAUAUUCAGAGCAAGAUAAUUUUUGUAAAAAAGCACCUUUAACAUAUGAAACUUAUAAUGCAAUUCUAAGACAACAUUUGAUGAAAUUUAAAGAGAAAAUAAUUGAUAUAGAAAAAAUUCUUGUAAAACAAGAUAGCAGUUUAACAUUUCUAUCUUUAUCAUCAAUUUUGAAAAAGAAUUUGUAUAGUAUACAAAUUUUACAUGAAAUUCAUAAAAAGUCAAUAUGCAAUUGGAAGCUUCAUCCAAAUUGGAAGUGUGCAUCUAAAUUAUUAUCGUCUUUAUAUUUUGAAAUACAAAACUCACACAAUAGAGAAAGAACAAAUAUUUGUACCAGUUUAUACUUAUCUAGUCUUACUGUUUAUUUAAAUAUAAUUGAUACAUGGUUAAGCGAGGGUCGAUUUGAAGAUUGGAGAGAAGAAUUUAUAAUUGCGAGGUUAUCAGGUAGUGCAGUUUCAGAAAGUAGUAUACAGUAUGAAACAUUUUUUUUGAGACCUUUGGAUAGUAUAUGUUUAGCUGAUCCAGUCUUGCAAUUCCUGAUAAAAAAGAUACAACAUAUAGGACAAAGUAUUGAAUUAUUAGUAUCUUUAGAUCGAAUUACAGAUAUAUGGAAGAUUAAUAUUGGAAGAAAUGAAUUGAAAAAAUCUUUAGUUGAUGAAUUUUAUACCAAAUUAGAAGUAGAAGUUUCUAAAUAUAGUAUAGAUAAACAAAAAGAAGAAGAAACUGUAUCUUCAUUUCAAAAGGAAGAAGAAGUUAUUAAAAAUGGAUAUGAUGAGGAUAUGGAAAAAAAUAUUAUAAAACAGUUAUCUGAAUUCAAUAAUCCAUUUUUAUUAAAAGCUCUAGAAGAUUAUCUUCCUCCUGAAUUAUUAAAGAGAGAUAAUGUAGAUGAUGUUGGGGUUUCUGAGAUUCGAAAUAUUCAGAUAGAAACUAAUAUUUUUAAAAGGCUUGAAAAAGUAUCAAAUUAUAUAUUACCACUCAGGAAAAUAUUAGAAAAUAUCUUAACAGAAAUUUUAAUUUCACGAUAUAAUGGUGCUAGCAAAUUAGUCAAGAAUAUUAUGUGUGAAGAAUAUAAAUUAGAAUCACAUUUAACAUUAAUGAGAUCUGUUUAUAUGAUGGAAGCAGGUCAUAUUAUGAAUAAAUUUUACCAAAGAUUAUUUUAUGAGAUUGAAACUAAUCAAAUGUGGAACAAUUCAUAUUUUUUAUCAUGUAUACUUGAAGAAAUUCUUUCUCAAUGGUGGACAGAUUCAAGUUCACGUUGGUCUAUUACAGUUUCUAAUACUCACACAAAUCAAGUAUUAAUAGCUGUUGAUAAUAUAACAUUGCAUUAUACGAUAGGUUGGCCUAUAAAUAUUGUAUUAAAUGAAAAGACUUUCGUAAAAUAUAAUGAAAUAUUUAGAUUUCAGUUGAAAUUAAAAUGGGCUUUAUGGACAUUAAAUAAUUUAAGAUUCAAUGAUUUAGAAGGUUCAAAAUUAGUAUGUAAAAGGAAUAAAUUAGAACAGUUUCAUAUCAGACGUAUUGAAAGCUUAAGAUUUUGUUUGUUGCAUGCAAUUACUUCAGUACAUACUUACUUAUCAGGACAAGUAUUACAAAAUUUAAGUCUUAUGUUAGAAAAAUCUUUGACACAAGCUGAGAGUUUGGACACAAUUAUAUCAGUUCAUAAUGAGUAUUUAAAAAAAGUUCAUGAACAUUGUUUAUUAACUUCAGAGUAUGAAGAUUUAAUGGCAACAAUAAAUAAUCUAAUUGAGAUGUGUAAUCAUAUCCGUGCUCGAUGGAAUUAUAAAAAAUUAACAUUUGCUAGUGAAGAAUUAGAUGUGCUAGAAAACAGUUAUAAUAAAUAUCACACGUACCUUGCUUUAGCCUUACAUAAUGCAGUUCAGAAUAAGGAUGCAAAUUACUUGACUGGCUUAAGUUCUGCAUUUAAUUGCAGUAUGUCAUAUGUCCAACAAUAAAAUAUUUUUGAAUUUUUUAUACAUAUCCAAUAAUGAUUCUAUAAAAAAAAAAUUAUUAUGAAUUAUUUUUUUAUUUUUAUUAGUAACUAAGUUUUAUGGCUUAUCAAAAAUACAAACCUUUCAUUAACAAGAAUACUACCAAUAUGUUGGUCCUACUAAUGCUUUGUAACUAAUUAUACUAUAAUUUUUUUUUUUUUUAAUAAAGUGUGUGCAUAUAUCUUCCAUAUUUCAAACAUUUCAAAAUGUAUAUUACAAUUGAAAUAUUUAUGAGAACUAUAAUAUUGUAUAUUUUGUUAAAUAAUUUGUAAAUAUAUUAAUUUAUAUUGUAGAAUAAAAAAUUUAUUUUAUUAUUUUUAUUUGUUUUAAAAAUCAAUUU